UUCGCGCCACACGGCCAUCGCUCGCCGGCCACAGUUAUGCAGGGCCAUGACUAUGCGCUGUAUAGACCUGGACCCCGGUCACUUUUUAUAUGUAUAUAUAUAUUUCAAAAAAGUCAAUUGCAAAGUAGAUGAAAAUUUAGAAGCUAGUGUGACUAAGUUGGUUACAGGUCGCUUUAAAGAUAGUAAAAAGAGUAUUGAAAAAAUAAUCGAAAAGGCCAAAAGGCUUUACUCUGGUCUCAAGAAAGAAGGUCUUGUACAAAAUAGUGAUAAAGAAGCAGCACAGCAUGGGUUUAUCAGGCAAAGAGCCUUCGAAACCAUUACAAGAUGCUAGAACUGUUCCAUCUGAACAAAGUAGUCGUUCAAGAAGUUCAGCCAAGGAAAGUACUGAAGCUGCUCCCAGUUCUAGCAAACAGAUGCGUUCCGCUAUAGAUAAAGGUAAUAUAGCUUCAAAAAGGCCACGCAUUGAUGUAAGUAUUAUUAAUAAUGAGGAAACUAAAUUUGCUAAAAGUGUGAUUGGUAGAGAUGGAACACCUGAAUUUGAUCAGUUCUUAGAUUUUUUAAUUAGAGAAAAAAGACUAGAAAUUCUGAAAAGAAAUGGAAUAAACCCAGCUAAUAUGUCCAGUAUUUUACAUAGAGCACGAGCUAAUGCUGCUAAAGCUUUUAAAGAAUUAUAUGAUCUUUGGUUUGAUGCAGAAGGAAAUAAAACUCAAUACUUAAAAACUCUAGAAGCAAACCGAAUAAAUCUAUCUAGUAUCUCCAGUAUUUUAAGUAAGGCAGGAGCUAAUGCUGUAAAAGCUUUUAAAGAAUUAUAUGAUCUUUGGUUUGAUCAGAACGGAAAAAAAACACGAUAUUUAAAAACUCUAGAAGAAAAUGGAAUGAGUUUAGCUAAUAUGUCUAGUAUUUUGCAUGGAGCAGGAGCUAAUGCUCCUAGAGCUUUUAAAGAAUUAUACGAUCUUUGGUUUGAUCAGAACGGAAAAAAAACACGAUACUUAAUAAAACUAGAAAAAAGUGGAGUAGAUCUAGUUCGUAUGUCUAGUAUCUUAAGUGGAGUAGGAGCUAAUGCUGCAAAAGCUUUUAAAGAAUUAUAUGACCUUUGGUUUGAUACAGAAGGAAAUAAAACUCAAUAUUUAAAAACUCUAGAAAAAGAAGGAGUAAAUCUAUCUAAUGUAUCAAGUAUUUUAGGUAAAGCAGGAGCUAAUGCUCCUAGAGCUUUUAAAGAAUUAUACGAUCUUUGGUUUGAUCAGAACGGAAAAAAAACACGAUACUUAAUAAAACUAGAAGAAAGUGGAGUAAAUCUAGUUCGUAUGUCUAGUAUCUUAAGUGGAGUAGGAGCUAAUGCUACAAAAGCUUUUAAAGAAUUAUAUGACCUUUGGUUUGAUGCAAAAGGAAAUAAAACUCAAUAUUUAAAAACUUUAGAAGAAAAGGGAAUAAGUUUAGGUAAUAUGUCCAGUAUUUUACAUAGAGCACGAGCUAAUGCUGCAAAAGCUUUUAAAGAAUUAUAUGAUCUUUGGUUUGAUCAGAACGGAAAAAAGACACGAUAUUUAAAAACUCUAGGAAAAGAAGGAAUAAAUCUAUCUAAUAUAUCGAGUAUUUUAGGUGGAGCGGGAGCUAAUGCUGCAAAAGCUUUUAAAGAAUUAUAUGAUAUUUGGCUUGAUGCAGAAGGAAAUAAAACUCAAUAUUUAGAGCGCUUUGUUAAGAAAAAAGAUGGGGAAGAAAGUUUUACGCUACAUAACUUAUCUGGUAUGUUAAGUAGAGCAGGAGUUAAUGCUAAGGAUGCUUUUAAAAAAUUGCAUGAUCUGUGUUUUAAUGGAAAAGGGGAAAGAACAGAACUUUUAGAUGAUUUCUAUAAGGAAGGUUUUAAGCCAAGCAACUUAUCCUGUAUGUUAUGUGGAUCAGGGGUUCAUACUUCUUCUAAUUUAAAAAAGUUGCAUAGUGUUUGUUUUAAUGAGAAAAGGGAAAAAACAAAGCUUUUAGAUGAUUUCUAUAAGGAAGGUUUUAGGCCAUGUGAUUUAUGUAGUAUGCUGAGUGGAUCAGCUAAUAGUUUAAAAAAAAUUCAUAAUUUUUGUUUUAUAGGAGAGACAAAAAAGUAUUUAUAUCAUUUUUUAAAUAAAGAAGGGGGUUUUACAGCAAGUAAUUUAUCUGGGAUAUUACACGGAGCAAAAGCUAAUAUUUGUUCUGCUUUAAAAAAUUUUCAUGAUGUUUGUUUUGAUGAGACGGGAAACGCAACACAGCUUUUAGAUGAUUUUUAUAAGGAAGGUUUUAGGCCGGAUUAUCUAUCAAAUGUACUAUCCAUGGCAGGAAAUAAUGCCUCUUCUAUUUUAAGAAAUUUUCACACAUCAUGUUUUGAAGAAAAUUAUUUAAAUCACUUCUUCGCAGAGGAAAAACUUUUUACGCCGAAAAAUUUAUCAAGUAAAAUAUUAUAUGGAGUAGGGAUUAAUAUUUGUCACAUUUUUAAAAAGUUACAUGAUCUUUGUUUUGAUAAGGCAGGAAACAAAACAGAAUAUUUAAACAAUCUUAUCACAGAUAAUCGGCGUGAGGUAUUUAGUAUACUAUAUGAAGAAGUUAGAGGAGUUCCUUUUACUCCCUUGGAUGAUAUAUCGCUUCAACAACAGAAUAUUAGUGGAAUAGGGAAAAGCAAAUAAGAAAAUAUCAAUGAUCUUGCUCGGUAGACCAACCCAUCACAAAAACUCUUCUCAUGGCCCUUGGUUUUGAGCACUGGAAAUGGUUGGAUUAUUUGAGAUAUUAAUAAUAUAUUUUGCUAAAUUAAUACUAGUUUGUUUAUGGAAGAAUAUUAAGGCAAGCUUAUGACAAAAACAAAAUCAAAAAAUAAACAAAAGGUUGCGUAUUGAGCUUGUCAAAAGGCUUUUGCCGAAAACAACUUUAGGUUAGAAAAUUUUCAAUUAGUAGUUGACAAGUUUUAAAUAAGGAAUACUCUACUUAAGGGGGGAAAUACCUUUAAAACCUUAAAAAAUCGCAAUAUUUUUUUUUCUAUGGGAUGUUAGUAUAACAUCUUAAGAGUAUGGUGCCAAAGUUUUAAAGCGAAAUUCGGAGCCCUUCUGAUGCUAUACCCCAUAAUCGGGACUCAUAGGCGGUAGCCCACUGCAGGUAUAUCAUCACGCGCUCGAAGCGGAGGACCCGCUUUUCAUAAUUCCCUCCUUUCAAUCAUUGUAAACAUGUUACUUUACAUUGUCUGCGUUACAUAAGAAAAAUUAUCAUACAGCCGGCUUCGAAAUAUUAAAAAAACAAAAA